UUAGUAGAGGUGGAAAAGUGGCAUUUGUUUUCAGUUCACCCAGCAAUACAGAGUGGUGAUUUACUCUCGCGUUUUUAGGUGAAAGAUAAUUAUUUUUAGACAAGAACGCCACGUUUUACACUUUAUUCAGAUGAACAGCUACGGGUGAUGAAGUUAUGUAAAGCGGUUAAUGUAGUUUAUCCAGUUUCAGUUGUCAGAAGUUGGCUAUUGCUGCUAGCUGCUAGGGUUAGCAGCGCUGGUAAAGAGCAGAUAAGUGUUUAUUGCGAGUGUCUACAUAGCCUGCGGUGGUUUUGUGGCCAGCAGUAAUAGAAUCACGUCCGUCGCCUGCCCGUAGAGGUUCCUCUACUUGUGCCGGGAGGAGGUGUCUCUCUGAGGAGCAAACAUGGACCUGUUUGACAGCAACAGCACAGAGCAUGCAAAUCUUCCAAGGAACAUGAUAGAGAACAGCAUGUUUGAAGAGGAGCCUGAUGUUGUGGAUUUAGCCAAAGAUUCCACUGCUUUUCCGGCAUUUCCUGCUCUUGACCCAGAUGAAGUGGCGUAUGAGCCUCGUAGCUCACGGUUACUCGUACGAGGCCUGGGAGAAAAUGACAUGGACGAAGAUGAGGAAGACUAUGAGUCUUCAGCUCGGCUCUUGGGCAUGUCCUUCAUGAAUCGUAGCUCUGCUCACAGAUCCAGCUCUUCUCCUUAUGCAAGGCAGUCUCCACCAAGGUCAUGUUCACGACCCUCAGCUCGCACCUUGGUUGUAUGUGUGUUAUUCCUGGUGAUUAUAGCCUCUAUGACUAUGGUACUUUACUUCCUGCCUGGCUGCACCUUUACCAAGGCGGGAUGUCCGAAGCCCAAUAGAACCACUCCACUUGAGCCAAUCUACCCAGUGUCCACAAAUGGUGAAUUGUUUCCAUGGGCACAGAUCCGACUGCCUCGCAGCAUCAGUCCCCUCAGCUAUGAACUCACCUUGAGCCCGAAUCUCGAUGACAUGACCUUUACUGGUAGUGCUGUUAUCAACAUGUCUGUCCGUCAUAAAACAAAGUUUCUUGUCCUGCAUAGCAGCAAUCACGAUAUCACCAAAGCUACCUUCAAGCUGGGUGGUGGGCCAGCUCAUAAUGUGACAGUGCUGGAGUAUAAACCCAGCCAGCAGAUAGCUAUCAAGUUCACAGAGGAGCUCAAAGCAGACCAGUCCUGUGUUUUGACACUGGAUUAUUCUGCCAACCUCUCACACACCUAUGAUGGUUUCUACAAUAGCUCAUACACUGAUAAAGAUGGAAUUAAAAGGGUCCUAGCAGCAACACAGUUUGAGCCAUUGUCAGCCAGGAAGGCCUUCCCUUGUUUUGAUGAACCAGCUUUUAAAGCCACUUUCUUGAUGAAAAUCAACAGAAAAGAAAACUACAUGGCCCUUUCAAACAUGCCCAAGGCUAAAUCCACAUUUCUUUCCAAAGGCCUUGUUCAGGAUGAGUUUGAAAAAACCACUGUCAACAUGAGCACAUAUGUGGUGGCAUUCAUUGUUGCAAACUUCACCUCUAUCGGAAAAAAUGUUUCAGACACUGUGGUAUCAGUCUAUUCUAUGCCAGAGAAAAAAGAGCACACUGGCUACGCUCUGGAGACGGCUUCCAAGCUGCUGGAGUUUUACAACAACUUCUUUGAAAUUAACUACCCGCUCAAAAAACUAGACCUAGUAGCCAUUCCGGACUUCCUGGCAGGAGCUAUGGAGAACUGGGGACUCAUCACUUUUCGGGAAACCACUUUGUUGGUGGGCAAUGAUUCCUCCACUUUGGAAAAACAAGUAGUUGCCUCUGUCAUAGCACAUGAGCUUGCACAUCAGUGGUUUGGAAACCUGGUAACUUUGAGGUGGUGGAAUGACCUUUGGCUCAACGAAGGCUUUGCCACUUACAUGCAGUAUAUGUCAUUGCAAACUGUUUUACCGAAGCUGGAGGCUGGUAAUUUAUUCCUGGCAGUCAGGUUCAGAGCCAUGGACAAAGAUGCACUAAAUUCCUCUCAUGCCGUGUCAACAGAGGUUAAUACGCCAGAACAAGUUGAAGAAAUGUUCGACUCUGUGUCUUAUGAAAAGGGUGCGUCUAUUCUUCUGAUGCUGAAUGCUUCACUGCCGGGGGAUCAGCAGUUCAGAAAGGGCUUGAUUCAGUACCUAAAUCAGUUCAGUGGAUCAAAUACAGAAACUAAUGACCUCUGGAACAGCUUCACACAGGUUGAGAUUUCCACUCAGCGCCAGAACGUUUCAGAGAUGAUGAGCUCAUGGACGACACAGAAAGGGUUCCCACUGGUCACUGUGAGUCGCAAGGGAGACCAGGUGACCCUCACACAGGAGCACUUCUUGCUCACAUCUGACAAUGCCACCCGUACUUCCAGCUUGUGGAAUAUUCCAGUAACGUAUGUAAACAACAGCUGCAGUUUGGCCAAUGAGUGCAGACAAGUGUUUACUCUGAAGACUAAGUCAGCCAGUUUUAAGGUCCCAGAAAGUGUAUUGUGGCUGAAACUGAACUACAGAAGUACAGGCUUCUACAUUGUUCACUACGGAGAUGAGGGUUGGGCUGCUCUAUUUGAUGCUUUGUCCCAUAAUGUCUCUAUUCUUACACAUGAAGACCGUGCCUCUCUCAUACAUAACAUAUUUGCUCUCUCCAGACUAGGACGUGUGCCCUUCAAUCAAGUCCUUAACCUGUUAAACUACAUGUCCAAUGAAACUGAGACUGCUCCUGUGACUGAAGCUCUGUUGCAGCUAAAUAAUAUCUACAUGCUGCUCGAUAAAAGACAGGAGUCUGCUCUUGUGGCUCGCAUGAAGGUUUACAUCCUAGACAAAUUUGGAUCUCUGAUGGACAACCAAACAUGGGAGGAGGAAGAGCGUGUGUCUAAACAGGAAUUGCGCUCAGCCCUCCUCGAGACAGCCUGCAAUUUAGCAAAAGAAAACUGUGUUAAACAAGCCAAAUCCUUGUUCAAACAGUAUGUUGACUCGAAUGGGACCUUCAGGAUUCCAGGCGAUCUGCAGAAAGUUGUAUUCACAGUGGCUGCUCAGUCAGAUGAAGACUGGUCGACUUUGUUCAGUAAAUACACAAAUGCCACCUAUGCUAAUGAGAAGCGAAAAAUGCUGCAGGGCCUCGCAUCGACUCAGGACACACGGCGUUUAUCUUGGAUUCUUAGGGCAGGUCUGAAAGGGGAUCUCAUUCAGACCCAGGAGCUGCCUGUGGUCAUCAGCACCGUGUCUACCGGCUUUGCGGGCUAUUUGUUUGCCUGGGACUUCAUACAGGUUAACUGGGACCUUCUUAUAGAGAAGUUCCCUGUGGGCUCCUUUGCUAUCCAGGCAAUCAUCAAAUCUGCUACCUCCCAGUUCUCCACACAAGCACACCUUGAUCAGGUGCAGGCUUUCUUCUCCGGUCUGAAGGAGCGUGGUUCUCAGAUGAGAAGUGUGCAGGAGGCUUUGGAAACCAUCAGACUGAACCAACGCUGGAUGCACGACAACCUUUCUACACUUCAAAAAUGGCUGUAAGAGAGCAUCCAGUUUCUGUCCCAAUAACAAGCAACUUGGGUGUCUUCAAGACAGCAACAGUGUUUGCACUAUUGUAGGACUCUGUCUCGUAACUCCCACUAGCUGCGUGGACAUGGUGUUAGAGUUUGUGAGAUUGGCCGUUUCAGUUGUACUUGAUAGCUCAGGGUGGAUCUGAUUGUGUUUCUGACAGUGUGUUGUCAGAUGGUACACACGCUCCUCAUGCUUUAUCCUGUUGACCAAACCUCCUCUGCAGUUCUCAUCCAAUCCCCAUGCCUGAGCAGACAAUCAUGCUUCAAAUGAACUCCUUUAGCUCAGCCUGAUCACAGGCACCUGACCUUCUGAGCUGUAAAAUGGCCACUUCAGACUACUAUAGUACAGUGUCAACGUUACUGUGUAUUUGUGCACUUUCAGUCAUUUAUAAAGAUGCAAGUGUCAGCAAUGAUUAAAGUGAAAUUACUGCUACUUGAGACAUUCAGCCAUCACUUGUGUUUAACUAAUUGUGCAGGUAAAAUAACUGCUUGUACUCUUAAAUGAUUUAUGCAAGCUGAAGCUUUUGCCAUAUUACGGUAGUCAUGGUUGGGCUAUAUCAGUAAAUUGAUUGAUUUCUUAAAAUGCCAAACUUGUGUUUGCAUCAAUUGAAUGUACUAAAAAAAAAAAAAACCUUCCCACUGUGUACAGUAAAGUAUGAGCUGAAAACCAGUGCAGGUUUAAAUCAACAACCAUUGUGUCUUAGGUGAGAGCAGGCAGUGCACACUGGAGCCAAAUGAUCAUUUCCUUUUUUUCCUCCUUCAGCCAUAAAGCUAUUUUAGUUCUGAUCAACUUGCUACAUGUUUUUUAUUUUAUUUUUUGCCUGCAGUGCAGCAACUGUACAAACUCGGAAUUUACUCCACAUGGUUGUAAACUUGUAAUUAUAAUGUAAAUAGAGUCAACCCUGCGCUUUUGGAUUUACUGGUGUGUGUGUGUGUGUGUGUGUGUGUGUGUGUGUGUGUGUGUGUGUGUGUGUGUGUGUGUGUGUGUGUGUGUGUGUGUGUGUGUGUGUGUGUGUGUGUGUGUGUGUGUGUGUGUGUGUGUGUGUGUGUGUGUGUGUGAGAGAAAGUGAUCAAGAGUCGAAGUAAGAAUGUUUUGUUUUUUUUCUCGGUAUUUCUUGAUUUAGACAGCCACAAAGUGGGUCCUUUGCAGAGCAGUGUUGUUUUAUAAGGGCUAGAAUACAUAUUGAAGAUAUUCUGUAUAUGUGAUUAUAAUUUGAAACAAAAAGGCAGAAGUUACUGCAGUGUAAACCAGCCAUGACAACUCUUAUGUUUUUAUCUGAUUCUUCAUGUUUUACCAAUUUUAUUUUUUUUCCUCCUUUUGAGAUGUUUAUAAACAGAUGCAUACCCAAAUUGGUACUAAUGUAGUUCGACUUCGCCAUUACGUUCUUCAAGCUUGCAUUUUCCUUGGUUGUUAUUUUUUCUUGUGUAUGUAAAAGCUAUUCAUUGUUACACCAAUUCUUUCACAGGUGGCUCAUGAAAUCAAUGUCAAAUGUCUGUAACAGGUACCUCAGAGAAUACGAUUCAUGUUUGAUCUGAGCAUGUGUGACCUCUAGUGGUUGCUUGUGAUGGCUGUGUUGGUCAGGGACAGACUAACCACAGUACAGCGGGUUAGUGUACUUGGUAGUAACACGCAAACCAUAACUACUUUCUAUUAACAGAUUAUCAACAAUGUUGUCUCUCACUCAGUCAUAGUUGUGUUACAGACUGUGGUUCUUACAGUCAAUCUUUGUUAAUGUAGUUUCAUCUUUGGGGACUGUUGUCUGUCUAGAUUCUUUUCCUCCUGUAACCAACUCGUCUCAUGACAGGACUCUAGUAGAGCAUUUGUAAACUCAUGUUUGCACUUGGAGGAAAUGCUGUAGAUUCUUCUAAAAUUCUAAUGAUUUUCAUGUGAACAAAACAUAAAUAAGCUUUUUUUUCAGGAAUUUUUUUUUUAAUUUCAUCGUGAUAGAACCUCUGAUCAGAUUUUCUUACAUUAACCAUUUACUUUAAAGUUUGUUUGGUUUUCUAUCACUUAUAGACGGAAGAGCUUUACCAGCUUAGUUUGCUGAAACAAAACUGUUGAGACUUCAGAUAUUUACACUCCAAAUAAAGUUAAGCUGCAUCCAAACUGUUCACAGUGGCAUUGGCUUUAAAAUGGUUGACUUUUGCUUUUUAUGUAUCUUUGAAGACUGUCAAAACUAAGUUAAAUGUAAUUUAUUUAUAAUGUAAAAGACACAAUGUUGUGUCAGAAGUAAGAAAGAAUGUCAUUUUAAAAAGAGCACCUAGGAGAGACUUUUGUAUCAGAAGGCACAACUUUUAUAUUUCAACUGCAUUGCUGCUUUUCAGUAAUUUCAUUUGUAAACAGUUUUAUCCGUGGAGGGUUAAAGAGAUCACUUGAACUGCAUGUGCCCAGACUCAAUACCAAACAAUAACUGAGAGGACGCUGUGUGAACACAGCAACUGCAGUUCCUCUCUGCUUCUCAGCUGCCCUCUCCCAGCAGAGGGCAUUCUUGCUCCUCUGGAAACUUGUGACCUUUCAUUUAUGUUCUUGAUGUUUUCAGGUCAUGCUCUUCUGUGUCUAUUGUACUAAAUAAAUGAAGCAACUCAUCAUUA